GUACCGCGGCCACGACUGCCGCAACGCGGCCAUGUACACCGCGUCCGGGGAGGUACUGUUCUUCGCCGGGAGCCUCGUCGUCAGGCAAGACGUGCCCAAGAAAGUCCAGCGGUUCUUCAUGGACCACACUGAUGAAGUCCUGUGCUUCGACACGCACCCUUCCCGCCCUUUGGCCGCCAGUGGACAGAGGGGCCGCCUCCCGAAGGUCAUUGUGUGGGAGAUGGGAGAGAUGCGGACGGUCAGAGUGCUGGAGGGGUACCACCGCCGCGCUGUAACCACGGUUACGUUCUCGCCCGACGGUCGACUCUUGGCCACGAUGGGGGCCGACGAUCACCACGGACUGGCUGUGUACGACUGGGAGAACUCCGUGCUCUUGUGUACAACCAGGACCGGUCCGGCGAAGACCUUCUCCCUCGGGUUUACCAUCAACUCCGACGGUCUCAUCCUGUGCGCGGAUGGAACGGUAGAUUUCUGGACGAUACAGGGUGGGCAGAACAUGACCAGGAGACCUGCCAGCCUCGGACCUUUCGGGAAGCGGCAGCUCUUCCUGUGCCAAGGAUGGGACGGGACGAACCCUGUCGUCGGAACCUUCGAUGGGCACAUCUACAGGUUCUUAGGGCGUCGCCUUGAUGCCUUAGUAAAGGCCCACACCACAGAGGUUUUUGCGCUGUGCUCCACCGGGGAAGGGCUUGUGUCGGGGGGGGCUGAUGGCUACAUCUGGGGGCACAAUCUUCAGCCUCGUCACCAACUAAACCUCUUGACGUCUUCUCUGAAUCCCUCGAUCCGGAGUGUGUCCUGGCACACGAGCAAUGACAAGAUCCUGGUCGGGACGGCAGGAAACGAGCUGUUCGAAUUCAACGCGACCAGCGGCGACAACCUGCACGAAGAAGGGAAGCCGCUACUGAGAGGACACGCCGCGAACGAACUGUGGGGGCUGUCUUGCCACCCGUCGGCCCCGGAGUUUUGCACCGUCGGGGAGGAUAAGCAGCUGAGGAUCUGGGACAUCUACUCAAAAAGGCCCAUGCGGUGCCACGAGGUGGAGAUGCCGUCAAGGGCGGUGGCCUACUCCCCAGACGGGUCAAAGAUUGCCGUCGGCUUCGGCAUGCCGAUCCGGGAGAGCAGCAAGCAGUUCGACGGGAAGUGGAUCGUGCUCCAGGAGGACGACUUCCAGGUCCUGCACGCGGCACGCGACUCGCAGAAGCACAUCACAGACAUCAAGUGGGCGCCGAGCGGUCAGAGCUUGGCGAUGGGGGCUGCGGACGGCAAGGUUUACGUGUACAACACGGACGAGAAGUACGUUCUUGCUGCCAUGCUGACGACACACAACAGCCCCAUCGUCGCCAUCGAUUUCAGCACGGACGGCCGCUACGUCCGAUCUACGUGCCAGGCGUACGAGCUGUUUUCGCACGAGGCAGAUACGGGGAUGGUCAUCCCCGCGGCGUCUCGGCUGAAAAACGUGCAGUGGGACACGCAGACGGUACUCUUUGGCUGGGCCUCUCAAGGGGCAUGGCCCCCUGAACUCGACGGCACAGAGGUCAUGAGCAUCGAUGCGACACUCCAUUCCGAACACCUGAGCAAGGCCGUAGCUGCUGGCGACAACCUCGGGCGGAUCCGCCUCCUCCGCCAGCCAUGCACCUCACCCUACGCUGACUCCAAGUCAUACAGGUGUGUUACGAAUGCUGAAGAAAUGCGGAAGAACACGAUGCCACGGCGGCGGCAGGGGGGCAGGGCACAUUCGGCGGGAAUCACGCGCCUGCGCUGGAGCAUGGGGCAGAGUCACCUAAUUUCCAUCGGGAUGGAGGACCGGUGUGUCAUACAAUGGCGACACGAGAGGGAUGAUCUAGCCGGCAAGGAAGCUAGCAGGCCCAACGCCGCGGUCGCGAGCGCGGCAACUUCAGGAGCAGCGAGAGAAGGCCCGGACGCACCGAAAGCGAACGUCGGCGAUCCCUCUGAUCCCUCGGAGGCGGCGGCGGCGGCGGAAGGGCCUGCGCCGGAAGACAGCGAUGCUGACCCCGAAGCCGACGUUCUGGGUGCUGCAGGGCAGCAAGGCGACGGCCUGUUGUCGGCCAGCAACUGGGAGGGCGGGCGAGCGGAAGACAAAAACGUGGAUCGGCCGUGGGUCAAAAACAUGAUCGAGCCUUCGUACGCGCUGGAUCUGGGGAACGACACGAGCGCACCCAAGCAGAGCGUCUCCCUUGCAUCCGUUCGCGGGAUCCGGAGCCAAGGAUUGGCGCGAGGAAGCCUCGCCUACAACCGGGUGGGGGGCCUGGUGUACCCGGCGGCCACCAUUGGGGUCGUGUACAGCCGGAAAACGCACAGCCAGGGAUACUUUCGCGGGCAUGCCGGGAAACAAAUAACUUUCCUUCGCGUUAGCCCGAACCAGCGGUUUGUUGCGUCAGGCGAGGCCGGAACAAGACCGACAGUGCGCGUGUGGGAUGCAGCCACAAGUGUCGAGCUGUGUACGCUUCCGCACUACCACCGCCAAGGGAUCGCCAGCCUAGCGUUCUCCAAGGACGGCAGGAGGCUGGCCACGGUUGGGGUAGAUUCGGACAAGUCUCUGGCCGUCUGGCGAUCUUGCUCGGGUGAAUGGUACGACGCCGAGCUCCAGGUGGGGGAUGUGGCAUGA